GGAAGAGGAGGAGAGCAGCCAGUGCCUGGCCCGCGCCCGAUCCCGCAGCCAGUUGGGAAGCCGGGCGCGCCGCGAUGAGCCCGUGGCUCAGUCUCGUGGUGCUUCUCAGCAGCUGGAGCCUGAGGGACCUGGGGGCGGACGCGUGCACUUGUUCCCCAAGUCACCCCCAGGACGCCUUCUGCAACUCGGACAUCGUGAUCCGUGCCAAGGUGGUUGGGAAGAAGCUGGUGAAGGAGGGACCCUUCGGGACUCUGAUAUACACCAUCAAGCAGAUGAAGAUGUACAGGGGCUUCAGCAAGAUGCCCCACGUGCAGUAUAUCCACACGGAAGCUUCUGAGAGUCUUUGUGGCCUGAAGUUGGAAGUCAACAAAUAUCAGUAUCUGCUGACAGGCCGCGUCUAUGACGGCAAGAUGUACACGGGCCUGUGUAACUUCGUGGAAAGGUGGGACCGGCUCACGCUCUCCCAGCGCAAGGGGCUCAAUUAUCGUUACCACCUGGGCUGCAACUGCAAGAUCAAGUCAUGCUAUUACCUUCCCUGCUUCGUGACCUCCAAGAACGAGUGUCUCUGGACGGACAUGCUCUCCAACUUCGGCUACCCUGGCUAUCAGUCAAAGCACUACGCCUGCAUCCGGCAGAAGGGCGGCUACUGCAGCUGGUACCGGGGCUGGGCGCCCCCCGACAAAACGAUCAUCAAUGCCACCGAUCCCUGAGCUGCCGUCCCUCCCCUUCCCCUUCCCUUCCUCUUCCGGCUGAGCUACCCUCGGACACUAACUCUUACCAGAUGAUGACAAUGAAAUUAGUGCCUGUUUUCUCGCAAAUUUAGCACUUCGAACACUUAAAAGGAAAAGUCUAUGCCGUUAUAAUGAGUUUAUUUUUAGUCACAUUUCCCUCCCCUCCCCACUUCUUUUUGGCUUUGAUAUCACCCAUUUCCACCUGGGGAAAUCGGAUGGCUUGCCAGAAAUGAACAAGGAGAGCAAACUUCUUCUAUCAGCGUCUAUAUAAUCUAUAUUUUUUUAGGAAAACAAAAAUCUAAAAACUAUCCCGGUUGGGCAUUGUAAUCCCUUCCUCUGUCCCUUCCCAUACUCCUUCCCUCUUUCUCCCCAGUGCACAAAUUAUAUACAGACAAGGCAUUUUCUGAAGGGAGAAGAGCUGAUAGGAUGGGCCAACACUGGCAAGGAAACAAAUCCCAAGGCAUGUGGGGAAUUUAGAACCACGGGGAGAUGGGAUUGGAUACCCUAACAGCCUCUUGGAACUCUUGUCUGCAUGUAGGAUUGAGAGCUUGCACACCAGAGAGGGUGCGAUGAGGGGGAGGUAGGUGUCCCCCAGCUGGGUGGGCUCUCCCUAGAUCCCACUCUUCCAACAGUGCAGAGCCAGGAGGGAAUGUGCCUGCCUUUUACAGCAAACCAGGUGAAAGGCUGAGCCCCCCCAAGAAGUGCUCCUAGAAACUCGAUGGGCUCUGUUGGGCAGGGAGAUGAACAUGUACAUUUGAAACACACACACACACACACACACACACACACACACACACACACACACACACCUCUUAGCUAGAGUCCUUUAAAAUGUUGCUUAGAGAAUACCAUUGUCCAAUUAGCUUUCAGCUCAAAGGGGGAGGGGGGAAUGUAUUUAGGUGCACAUAUACCUAUAGCCACACAGAGGUAUAUAAGCUAAGUUUUUCCAGGACACAGAAUUACGUUCAAUGCUGUUGAACUCCUCUUUCUCCCUGCCUUUUUUUGUUUAAAGAUGAAAACCCUGACAUUCCAAGUUGUUGGCUUUUGAUAUUACAUUUUUCAACUCCGUGGCAGGGGCCCAGAGCAGUUAGAACCUCUCAUCACCCCCACCCCCCCCCAAGGCUGGUGGCCUUAAUGUGGCAUCUGGGGCAAGGAGAUGGGAGAGCUGGGCGGGGG